AUGGUUGAUCCUCAUUUGUAUCAAAGUACAAUUGGUGCGCUGCAGUACAUGACAAUAACGAGACUAGAUUUAGCCUAUAUUGUUUCCAAAGUAAGUCAGUUUCUUCAAGCUCUCAAGGACGUACAUUGGCAAGCUUGUAAAAGGGUCUUGCAAUAUUUGAAGAAUACUGCCACUUAUGGAGUUAGUUUUCAGAAGAGUUUAGCCAAAACUCCUGAUUUACAAGGCUAUUCCGACGCUGAUUGGGCGAGUUUCCCAGAUGAUCGCAGGUCUACAGGUGCUUAUUGUGUUUAUUUGGGGUCGUGUUUGAUCUCCUGGAGUUCAAAGAAGCAGACUGUUGUAGCUCACUCUAGUAUAGAGUCCGAAUACAGAACAUUGGCUCAUGUUGCCACUGAAGUUAUAUGGUUGAAAGGCUUGCUCAAAGAGAUGCAUGUUGCUAAUGUGCCUACAAAAGGUCUAUCUGUUGAAAGAUUUUUCACGUUCAGAGACAAGCUUCAAGUUGUUGUUUCUCCCUUUCGCUUGAGGGGGAAUGUUGAGAAACCAUUAGACAGUUAG